AAAGGAGGAGCACAACAAAGCUUUCCAAAGUUUCAUUUCUUUUUGUCACAAAAAAGAUUUGAGCUUUUUACAGAAACAGAAUAUAUCAAUAGUUACCAUGCUGCUGUUUCUGUCUCAUGGGACUUUGCUGCUCUAUUUUGGAAUCAAAGAUGGUGUGUGCCAAGAGACUGAAAUUAUUCAAGCUAGAUUAGGAGAACAGCUUACUUUAGACUGCAUGUAUAACUGUUCCUCUGGGUUCGUCCGUGGAUCUUGGGAACGGGAAGGCGGGCUGGCAUGUAGCACUUGUUUUUGGACUUCAUCUGAAAAAAACAUGAGUGAAGACCUUUGCAAUGUAAAUUUGCAAAUUCUUAAUCUGACCCUGGAAUACACCCUGUACAACUACUCAUGUUUUUCUGUGAAGAAUGAUCAUCCCGAUCUCCCUCGUACCCUUGAGCGGCACAUAUCACUUCAAAUUCAAGAUGAGAUCACAGUAGCAGUCAUCCCUACUAAACCGGCUUUAGAUGUAGUCAUGAAAGUGAUGAUUUACCAAAAUCAGAAUGAGUUAAAGCUCAACGAUUUAGUCAAAGGUCUAUCUUCACAUUCCAUCCGAGUGCCAGUGGGAGACAAACUAAAACUGGAAUGUCUUUCUACCAGCCAACAGUGUGACGGCCAGUGGAUGAGGAAUGAUGCAAAUCUCACAGAAAUUGCCAUCACUGGCAUGCUGGUAGAAUGGAAUAAUAUUGCAGAAGAAGAUGAAGGAACAUACAUAUGCUACACAAACAAGCGUUGUACAAGCCAGAAGAUUAGUGUUGUGAUCAAUGUCAUUAAAAAUGUGCAAUUUUCAGAUGAAUUUGGAUGGAUCAGGCCAUUCGCAGCAACCACACUGUCUGUAGCAGUCAUUCUGUUAGUUCUGCUGAUAUAUCUAUGCUACAAAAAGAGUGGGAAUACUUUGCUGGAUGCAGAGGAAUCAACAGACGCCAUUUAUGAGAACACAAGAAUUAAGAAUAGAGGAACAAUCCUCAAACCCAUAGCACAAGACUGCCAGAGUGAUCAUGAAGUCCCUUACGCUGACAUUGUGAUCUCUGUGAGAGGCUCCAGCAUUCCAGAACUCACAGGACUCCAUGGACAAACUCCAAGAGAUCACCGACUUAGAUGGAAGGAAGAGGCCACAGGUGUAUCUCAUCUACAAGCUUGUCGCUCUGCAGACAGACUACACGUGCACCCCAGAGAGGUCAGCAGGAAAUUAAGCACAACCUCCGAAUAUGCCGUCAUCACAUACUCCACAGAUGCACUUAAUUAGUCUACUUUAAUGCAUAAGCAAUAAAAUAAUAUCAGUAUUAUGGUAGCCAUUAGAAGUGUGAAAGUUUUAUUAUAAUUGUAGUGCUUGUAGAUGAAAAAUAUGACAUGCUUUAUUAUUUCUUGCUUUUUUUUUUUUUUUUUUUACUUUUGCAUGGGAUAUGAUAUAUGAUAUGAAUGUAUGAUAUGUUCAAGUUACAUUACAUUAGUUUGUGUAAUAAGUGAUGUUUUU